CGAAUUACAACGCUGUCCAUCAUUUUCAUCCAAGAUAGAAACCGGCGCGCGCGUUGCUCUCCUCUCCCUCCUCCCAAGAGAGCGAAAAAAAAGCGAAAAAAGGAAAAAAAUUAAAGGAAAAUUCAUUCCUUUUUCUCUCUCAUUUUUUCCGCUAUAUUGCCAACUUUCAACACUCUCCAAUCCAAUCUGUGCUGAAUGGAAAUUCUUUUGAUUUCCUCAAUAUAAUCCCCAGCUUGGAGUGCCGAUUCUCCCUCUUUUCCUCCUCAAAUCUUCCGUUCAAAGAUAGAAUGUGUCGAUCUCCAUACAAAUCAACGUGAAUUCUCGUAUCUUUUCUUUUUCUUAUGUCAGAAAGUUGGAGUUUUGGAAGGCAAAGAGGUGCCGUUGGAGAGAAGGGGCAGAUGGCGGCCAGGUCCAGGGUGCCGCUGGCGUUGCUGCUGAAGCGGGAGCUGUCGAGCGAGAGGAGGGAGGAGAAGCCGGACAUCCUUCACGGGCAGGCGAGCCAGAGGAAGAAGGGGGAGGAUUUCACCCUUUCCAUGACCGAAUGCCGGCGCGUGCCCGGGGACGACGUCGCCACCUUCUCUGUCUUCGCGCUUUUUGACGGACACAAUGGGACUGCAGCUGCAAUUUACACCAAGGACAAUCUCUUAGAGAACGUUUUAAGUGCCAUUCCUUCAAUUCUUAGCAGGGAUGAGUGGAUAGCAGCAUUACCAAGAGCUUUGGUUGCAGGAUUUGUUAAAACAGAUAAAGAGUUUCAAGAUAAAGCACAUACUUCAGGAACAACUGUGACAUUUGUGAUUAUAGAUGGGUGGGUUGUUACUGUUGCAUCAGUUGGUGAUUCGCUCUGCCUAUUUGAAUCUGCUGAAGGCUCAAGUUAUUUUUUGUCAGCGGAUCACCGGCUGGAAGCUAAUGAGGAGGAGGUGAAGCGCAUAAGAGCAAGUGGUGGAGAAGUUGGGAGAAUAAAUACUGGUGGGGUUACUGAGCUUGGCCCUCUUAGGUGCUGGCCAGGUGGCUUGUGUUUGUCAAGAUCAAUUGGAGAUAUGGAUGUCGGUGAAUUUAUUGUUCCUAUUCCACAUGUGAAACAAGUGAAGUUGCCCAAAGCUGGAGGGCGGCUUAUCAUCUCAAGUGAUGGUGUGUGGGAUGCUUUGACUUCUGAAAAGGCUCUAAGUUGCAGCCGUGGCUUGUCGGCAGAAGCUGCAGCCGCUAGAAUUGUUAAGGAAGCAGUACAGAUUAAGGGACUACGAGAUGAUACCACAUGCAUUGUGGUUGAUAUAUUACCACCAGAGAAACUGGCUCCUCCUGUUCCACCUCCAAAGAAGUCAGGCAAAGGGAUGUUCAAAUUUAUGUUCUGCAAACAAUCAUGUGAGUCAUCAUCUCAUUCAGGUACAGGACAUUUUGAACCAGAUGUGCUUGAGGAAAUGUUUGAAGAUGGAUCUGCAGUGCUUGCUCAAAGGUUAAAUAUGGAAUAUCCAAUCUGCAACAUGUUCAAGUUAUUCAUGUGUGCAGUUUGCCAGCUAGAGAUGAAACCAGGUGAGGGCAUUUCUUUGCAUGCUGGUUCAUCACAAACUGGAAGAGUGCAUCCAUGGCAUGGUCCUUUUCUUUGCCGGACUUGCCAAGCAAAAAGGGAAGCUAUGGAGGGAAAACGACCUUCAAGAGAUUCUGCAUGUUGAGACUAUUGGAAGUGAAUAAUUGUUGUCAUUGUUGGUGUCAAUGGGAUCCUGAUCCCAUCACAACACCUAACAACAAAGUUAGAGCUGAUGGAGUGGACACCUAAGGCCUCAUAUGCUAAUAUAUUCUUUAAUAUCUUGAUGAGCUUGAGGUGUCUUAUAUUCAGUUCCUGAGUAGCAUGUAAAGGGCAUUUUAUCCGCAUGCUACUGCUUCAAUCUGCUGAGACAAGUGAUCAGAAUUCUUGCUCCCUUAACUGUAAAGCUGCAUCCAAAUUGAGAGAAGCAAUAUGUGGAUCUUUUGUUGGGAGAACUUUUAUACUAACACCAUUCCUGCGUAAAGAAGCCCUUGAUAUGACACUUUUUUUUUUAGGUUCUUUGACAUGGAUACAUCUCAUGAGAUAGGGCUGAGGUCGAUUACAUUUUUUUGGGUGCACUGUUACAUUAGUAUUUUGUGAUUUUUAUUGAUAUUUCAGUUAAAUUUGAAACAUAGGCCUACUGCUGUUUGCGGCAAA